AUGUGGGCGAACUUUGCUCGCAGCAAAUUUUUCACGGCUGGGAAUACUACAACGAACAGGAUCGAGUCAAACUGGAAUCAAGUGAAAAUACUGUUGGGGCACAAGACACGAAUUGACAAGACUAUUGCGGGCUUGGUGCAGCAUCAAAUCAUGAUAACUCAGCAGAUCGGGUUCGUCAUCGCGCAGCACCAUUCGACUUCGCCCAAAGUGAGAAAAGAGUGGGAACGAUUUGUGAACUUCAUGGCAGAUGCGACUUGUGAGCGUACAGCGUCGAGUCCUUCACAAUGGAAAAUUUAUUGCGGGAAUCAAACCUGUCGCUGUCACGAUGUCGAUCGUCAUCUUAUGCACUUAGCACGCGAGGGGCAUGACUUCAACCUGCUUCCAGCUAUGGCAAUUCAUGAUCGGUGGAGUACGUACCAGACCUUGGAAGUGAAAAACGAAUUGACGGCUGCAGCGGAAAUGUUACAGCCAAUUGUGCAGAUGUCCAAGUUAAGGUUGCCGAAAGUAUAG